CGUACUUGCCGGCCUGUUUUGACAGCUUCAAGGCUCCCGGGAUAGGAGGAAGCAGGUGUCGCGAGAGUUAAUCGCUUGAAGCUUUGUGGGGCCGGUAACCAAGGCUAGUUUGGGGAUGGAGGAAGAACAGGAGCCACUAUUAGGCGACCGCACACCCGGAAGCAGAGAAUGGGACAUUAUAGAAACUAAAGAGCAUUAUAAGAGCCGAUGGAGAUCUAUUAGGAUUCUGUAUCUCACUAUGUUUCUCAGCAGUGUAGGGUUUUCUAUUGUGAUAAUGUCAAUAUGGCCGUAUCUCCAAAAGAUUGAUCAGACAGCUGAUGCAAGUUUUUUGGGCUGGGUUAUUGCUUCAUUUAGUCUUGGCCAAAUGGUAGCUUCACCUAUAUUUGGUUUGUGGUCUAAUUAUAGACCAAGAAAAGAACCUCUUAUUGUUUCCAUCUUCAUUUCUGUGGCAGCCAACUGCCUCUAUGCAUAUGUCCACGUCCCAGCUUCUCAUAAUAAAUACUACAUGCUGAUUGCUCGUGGUUUGGUGGGAUUCGGAGCAGGAAAUGUAGCAGUCGUUAGGUCAUAUAUUGCUGGUGCUACUUCCCUUCAGGAAAGAACAAGUUCCAUGGCAAAUACAAGUGCAUGUCAAGCAUUAGGCUUUAUUUUAGGUCCAGUUUUUCAGACUUGUUUUGCACUCAUUGGAGAAAAAGGCGUGACAUGGGAUGUGAUCAAGCUGCAGAUAAACAUGUACACAGCACCAGUUUUACUUGGUGCCUUCCUGGGAAUUAUAAAUAUUAUUCUGAUCCUUGCUAUCUUAAGAGAACAUCGUGUGGAUGACUCAGGACGACAAUGUAAAAAUAUUAAUUUUGAAGAAGAUAACACAGAUGAAGUUGAAGUUUCUCAAGGAAAUAUCGAUCAAGUUGCUGUUGUGGCCACUAAUAUUCUGUUUUUUGUGGUUCUAUUUAUCUUUGCCCUUUUUGAAACCAUCAUUACUCCACUAACAAUGGAUAUGUAUGCCUGGACUCAAGAACAAGCUGUAUUAUAUGAUGGAAUAAUACUUGCUGCCCUUGGAGUUGAGGCAGUUGUUGUUUUCUUGGGGGCUAAAUUACUUUCCAAAAAGAUUGGCGAACGUGCUAUUCUACUGGGAGGACUCAUCAUUGUCUGGGCAGGCUUCUUUAUCUUGUUACCUUGGGGAAGUCAUUUUCCCAAAAUACAGUGGGAAGAUUUACAUAAUAAUUCAAUCCCUAAUACCACAUUUGGGGAAAUUAUUAUUGGUCUUUGCAAGUCUCCAAGAGAAGAUCACAAUGAAAGAUCAACUGGUUGCCCAAUUGAACAAGCCUGGUGCCUCUACACCCCAGUGAUCCAUCUGGCCCAGUUCCUCACAUCAGUUGUGCUAAUUGGAAUAGGCUAUCCAGUCUGCAACCUGAUGUCCUAUACGUUGUAUUCAAAAAUUAUAGGGCCAAAACCUCAGGGUGUAUACAUGGGCUGGUUAACAGCUUCUGGAAGUGGAGCACGGAUUCUUGGGCCUGUGUUCAUCAGCCAAGUGUAUGCUCACUGGGGACCACGGUGGGCAUUCAGCCUUGUGAGUGGAAUGGUGGUGCUCACCAUCAUCCUCCUGGGAAUGGUUUACAAAAGACUUAUUGCUUUUUCUGUGAGGCAUGGGAGGAUUCAAGAGUAAAUUAGCUAAGACUGUGAUGGAAAGUAUUUGCCUUGUGCACUUUCGAGUCUAAGGCUCUGCUACAGAUUUAGUAUGAGCCAGUCUCCAAAAGUCAGGCCAUGGAUAUUGCAUAUAUUGAAUAACAAGAAUAUAUAUUGAAUUCUAUAUAUUGAAUAUAUAUAGAGGGAAUUCUACAUGUAAUUAUGAAUAGUAGAACAUAUGAAAAAUUCUGGAUUAUAAUUUCUAAACUCAAAAAUGAUAUAUUCUUCUUACAACACCUUUUUGGGGUUGCAUGAACUAGUGAGGGAAUGGAUGGUAGUCUAUAAAUGUGAAGUUCUACUCUGAAUACAGACUCUAGAGGUAUCGGUAAAAUAAUGAGGCACUAUCUAAGCAGUGGGACCAGAAGGAAAGUUCUAUAUGAAUUAGCUACAGCAGACUAAAAUUAAAGAAAAAAAAUUUUUUUUUACCUAAAUAGAAGUAUUUUUUAUUCAAAGAUACUUUUUAUUUGUAACAAUGCAUUUCCUUCUGUAAGGUUACUUAUGAAAUAAAAAUCAUGAACUUUAAAUUUUCCAUUUAGCAUACAUGCCAUCCAAACUUGCAUUCCACAAGUCUUUAUUCUAAACUGCACCACUACCUCAUUUUAGUUCAGGACCUCACUAAGUAAACCCCUAAAUUAACAAUGUAAUAAUGCUAAUAUUUGAGCAAUACAGAAGAUUAAGAGAUCAAGACAAUUUCACUACUUUAAGUAGGGCUAACUACCUUUCUUUUUCAAAUGUCAGUAAAUGAUUUACUUUAGUAACAUGAGCCAGACAUGUGUUAUUACAUAUAUAUACUACACAGUCAAUGGUUUAUUGAAAUUAUUGCUGUUUUUCAACUCCCUUAAACUUUAGAGAAAAAUUUUCACUCUAAUUAGGUAUUUUUCCCAUCUCUCAGUACUGGUGAAGAGGAACACAAUGGUUAUCAAUCUCUCUCUAUGUAGUUAUUUAAAGCUGCAGAAUUUUAGCAGGAUUUUUAAUUCCCAUGAACACUAACAGUCCCAAUCUAGUCAGAUGAAUAGGUAUUUGAGGCAAAAUGGCUUUUUUUUUUUUUUUUUUUUUUUUUUUAGAGACAGAGUCUUACUUUGUCACCCUCGGUAGAGUGCCAUGGCAUCACAGCUCACAGCAACCUUAAACUCUUGGGCCCAAGUAAUCCUCUUACCUCAGCCUCCCAAGUCUGUGACAGGUGCCUGCCACAACACCUGACUAUUUUUAGAGAUGGGGUCUUGCUCUGGCUCAGGCGGUCCACCUGCCUUGGCCUCCUAAGUGCUAGGAUUACAGGCGUGAGCCACUGUGGCUGGCCCAACAUGGCUUUAAUCUAUAGGUUCACAAAAUGUUUACCUAUAUUUGGCUAAAUAUGUGACACUUUCUGUAUACAUUACUACCUCUUUGUAAUGAAUGCUGAUAAAAGGAACUAGUCUAUAACUAGGUAUAUGGAUAAUAAAUGUUAUAAAAACUGAAAAAAAAAUUCUACUUGUCCAAAUGUUUCCUACUUUACGUUAUAAUUUUUUUUUUUUUGAGACACAGUCUUGCUCUGUAAUACUGGGUAGAGUGUUACAGCAUCAUAGGUCACAGCAACCUCAAACUCUUGGACUCAAAAGAAAAUCUUGUCUCAGCCUCUCAGGCAGCUGGGACUACAGGCAACUGCCACAAUGCUUGGCUAGUUUUUUUUAUUUUUAGUGGAGAUGGGGUCUUGCUCUUGUUCAGGCUGGUCUCAAACUCCUGAGCUCAAGCAGUCUACCUGCCUUAGCCUCCCUAAAUGCUAGGCUUACAGACAUGAGCCACCACACCUGGCUAAGUUAUAAAUCUUUUUUAAAUUUAAGGGUAAACACUAGUUUAUUUUCCUCAGAGUGUUCACAGAAAUAAAAUUAAGAAAAAGAGUAAACACUAGAAUCUGCACCUUAGUAAAUUAAAUUUGCUGUGCUCUUAAACUCAAUUUCUACAGCUCUAAUAGAAUACUUAAUUUAAUAGAAAUCAUUCUAUAAUUAAAAAUUAGAGAUUGUUUUCACUCUUUUUCACCUAGCUUAUAGGUUUAUCAGAACUGUAGACAGAUUUCUGGCUAUUUGGUCAAGUUCUGGGAUACCUCUUACCUAUUGUCCUGCAGCUCUUUCCUUUAUCUUAACAUUUUUGGGGUCACUUCUAAUCUUAAUGAAUAAACUCCACCUUUGGUUUGGAGACUGUUCAUGAUAGAAAUAACAACAGUAAUGGUAAUGAUGAAAACAAUAAGCAAACAUUUAUGGAAUUCUUUACAUGUAUUUGAGAUAAUAUGUAAUAUACAACUUAAUUCUCACAGCAGUCUUACUGGGUGAAGAUACUAUUAAGAUGAAAGAAUGUACAGAUAAAAGAAUGGGGACGUAGAGAAGUUACUUGACGAAGGAACAGUCUGUCUUCAAAGUCUAUACUUUUAACCACUAUCUUUUUUGUAGUGGGGAAAAUAGCCCAGAAAGUUGCAGUAUAUUACUAAUUGUAGGAGAAACUAAGUUAUCUAUACCAGUGACUCCUAUUAAUAGAAAGAUUUGGGAAACAAACCCACUGAUGGGCUUCUGUUUUAGCAUAAUAGCCUAUUUCCAUCAAAAAUAUAACAUAGAAAGAUUUCCUAACUUCUAAAGAUUUAUAAUAUUGAUUAAAAUGAAGAUAAACUAUAUCCUUGCAAAACUGACUGCCACCAUUUUACUGAGAGCACUUUCUUCUUUGGAGGAUUAUACUAGUGCUUAUCUUGGCACAAAUGAUUAUAGACAAGGAAGUGACAUGGGGAAAGAGCAGGAAGGUAAAGUUUUCACUUCUUAGGUAGGAAAAGGUGAGUAUAAAUUAAGAAAGGUGAUGAGAAAUUUUAAGGUAUGAAAAAACUGUUAAGAAUGUAAUACAUUUAAGAAGAGAAGAUAAUGCUUUGAAAACCUGAACUUAAACUUGAGAAGAAAGGGCAGUUUUCAUGUUUGUAAGGGAUUUAUAACUUCACAAAUCAUCACCAUUCUAUCCUUUUCAGUUUUUAAAAAGUGAAUUCUUUCAUUUUGUAUAAAACUUGUCUAAUGCAUAAAGUGAAACAAAUCUAUAUGUAAUUGUUUUGUUUUAAUGAGGAUAAACUAUGCAUUUGCAUCUGUUCAAAAAUAGAUUAACUUAAUUCCAGGUACAGUUUUUGACUAUAGAAGACUUAUUUGUAAUUUAAUGGCUAUUUUACAUUGUGAAUGCUUAUUUUCUAAUAAAUAAGAUUAUUUUGUAUAUA